AUGGCGGGCCUUUUCGGAGCGCAGCCGGCGGCGGCAAGCAACACGCUCGGCGACCUGAAGCAGGAUGUCGAGCUCGGGAGCCCACCCGAAGACAGCAUCUCCGCGCUUGCCUUUAACCCAAACCCGACCGACCAAAAAGAUUUUCUAGCCGUGGCAAGCUGGGACAAGAAAGUUCGCAUCUACGAAAUCAUGAGCAACGGUCAAGGCCAAGGGAAAGCGCAAAUAGAACACGACGGUCCGGUCUUCUCGGUUGACUUCUUCAAGGACGGUCAAAAGGUCAUCUCGGCCGGCGCCGACAAGCAGGCCAAAGUGCUAGACCUGGCGACCGGACAGGCCGCCCAGGUAGCACAGCACGACCAGCCGAUCCGCUGCGUGCGGUAUUUCGAGGCCAACGGCACGCCGAUGGCCGUAACCGGGUCGUGGGACAAGACAGUCAAAUACUGGGACUUCCGAAGCCCGCAACCCGCCGGGUCUAUUACCUGUCAAGAGCGUGUUUACACCAUGGAUGUACGACAAAACCUCUUGGUCGUGGGCACGGCCGAUCGGUACAUCAACGUGAUUAAUCUUGGGGAGCCGGCGAAGUUCUACAAGACAUUGCAAAGCCCGCUCAAGUGGCAGACCCGGGUCGUCAGUUGCUUCACCGACUCACAAGGCUUCGCGAUUGGCAGUAUCGAGGGCCGCUGCGCUAUCCAAUAUGUCGAGGACAAAGACUCUAACUCCAACUUCUCCUUCAAGUGCCACCGCGACCCGCCACAGGGCAACGUGACCAACGUGCACGCGGUCAACGACAUCUCGUUCCACCCGCAACACGGCACGUUCAGCACGGCGGGCAGCGACGGCACGUUCCACUUCUGGGACAAGGACGCCAAGCACCGGCUCAAGGGGUACCCACAGGUCGGGGGCAGCAUCACAGCGACCAAGUUCAACAAGACAGGCAACAUCUUUGCCUAUGCCAUCAGCUACGACUGGUCCAAGGGCUACCAGGGCAACACGAGCAACUAUCCCAACAAAGUCAUGUUGCACCCAGUGCUGCCAGACGAGUGCAAGCCCCGCCCCAGCGUCAAGAAGAGGUAG